AUGAAAGACUACUUAGCUGAAUGCAACAAAUAUUUAAAAUAUGAUAAUCCAAUAGUUAUUGAAAAUGAGGCUGAGGAGGAGGAGAAAGGUAAAAAUUUGAAAGACGAAAAGAAGAUAAAAGAUAAAAAUAUUGUACGAAUAAUUCAAGAAAUUCGAAAGAAUUUAAAAUCGAACAUGUUAUAUAAAAAUGACAAUAAAAAUGUUUUUUUCAAUGAGCCUAUUUACAAUAUUUUUCCAAUGAAAAAUAUAAAAGAAAAAAAGAUGGAAUAUAUUUUUUACGUAUCAAGAUCAACUAGUGAAGACGAUGUAUUAACAUGCCUUAGAAAAAUAAAUGAAAUUAUAUUUGCUAUGUAUACAAAAAGUUUGGUCAUAAAAAAAGAAUUUCUCGAUGAAUUGUUAAACGUUUUUAUGGAAUUGUGUAGACAGGUUUCAGUUUCUUGCUUUCAAAGAGGGACCCUUCUGAAACAGUUGUUUAAUUAUAACAUAAUGUUGCUUACCCAUUACCACAAAUUAGUGCAAUCAUCUUUGGAAUUAAAUCUGAAGAAACAAAUAAAACAAAACAGCUCGUUAAGUGCCCUACGCAAUGAAAUAGAAAUAAAAAAAGAUGCUAUUAAUUCUUUGAAAAAUGAAAUAGUAAAGACUGAAGAUAUGAUCGAAAAUGAAAAGAUAAACUCAGAAAAGGAGCUAUCGAAGGUGAAUAUAAUAUACCAAAACAAAAUAGAUAAGCUGAAAAAAAAUAAUCAAAGAAAAAAGGACGAUUUCACAAGAAUAUUGCAAUUAUGA